UACAGACAGACGGGAUGUCCCGCUCUAGGUACAGACAGACAGACGGGAUGUCCCACUCUAGGUACAGACAGACAGACGGGAUGUCCCGCUCUAGGUACAGACAGACAGACGGGAUGUCCCGCUCUAGGUACAGACAGACAGACGGGAUGUCCCACUCUAGGUACAGACAGACGGGAUGUCCCGCUCUAGGUACCGACAGACAGACGGGAUGUCCCGCUCUAGGUACAGACAGACAGACUGGAUGUCCCGCUCUAGGUACAGACAGACAGACGGGAUGUCCCGCUCUAGGUACCAACAGACAGACAGGAUGUCCCGACGUAAAAUGAUUUGUGAAUGUAAACAAAGUCAGAGAACGAGAGCUGAGGUCAGUGAGACGGAUUAACGCACUGAUCUCACGCACACAUCUGGCCAUGACAGAUGUGUGCGUUUGGACUGUAAUCCCUGCUUGGAAUAAUCUGUAAUCCCUCUGAAAAACAUACUGCCAACCAGCAGCCACACACAGUUCAGUGCUGUGAGGACAAAGUGUCCCAACCUGGUCCAACCCUUUGUACAGUGCAGAUCUGCCCUGUAAUCUGACUACUUUGACUACAGUGAGGGUUUGAAUAUGCAGUACUUUUACUAGUAGUGGAGUACUUUCUAUACAUAUAUAUAUAUAUACACACAUGUUAUUAAAAGUGAAUAGUAAUAGUAUAUUAAUAGUAAAGUAGUUAAACAUGAAAAUGCACAGUAUUUAUACACAGCACAAUGAAAUAGCAGCGCAGUAUUAAAUUAAAGCGCACAGUGGAAAAGGUUCUGAAUUGAAUUCAGUGGUUCGUGGUAAUUGUACAUAGAACCAGGAGGUGAUUGUUGUACAGUCUUAUUGCAGCUGUCUGCAAUGUUUUCCUGUUUCUGGAUCAACCUGUUGGAGAAGGUCCUCCGUGUCCCUGCAGUAGGCGGUGAAGACGUUGGUUGUCCAAUAUGGACAAUAGUUUCUUCAGUGUCCUCCUCUCCACCACCUAGUCAAUGAAGGGGCCGGCCUUCUUCACCAGCUUCUUCAGUCUGUUGGUGUCACCGGCUCCAAUGCUGCUCCCCCAGCAGACAACGAGGAAGCCACAACAGACUGGUAGAACAUCUCCAACAUCUGGCUGCACACGUUAAAGGAUCUAAGCUGUCUCAAGAAGAAGAGUCGACUCCUCCUCUUCUUGUACACAGCGCUGAUGUUGGUCUCCCAGUUCAGUCUGUUGUCGAUGGAGACACCUAACGGUUGUGGAGACUUCCUCCUGAAAUCCACUACCAUCUCUCUGGCCACGUUCAGAGUCAGGUGAUGUCCUCCACCACUGUCCUCCACUCCUCCUCCCGUCUGUCCCUUAUACACCCGACCACUGCAGACAUCGGACCUUCUGCAGACGCCAUCACAAAGAGUUGUACUGGAAGUCAGAGUGGACAAGGUGAACAGACAUGUCCAGUCAUGAUUUCACCUGCGGUCGACCUUCAUCACACGGGAUGUGAGAGCAACUGGUCGGUGGUCAUCGGGGCCACAUGGGGUUGUCUUCUUACAGGGACAAGGUACGACGUCUUCAACAGCACCAGGACUUCCUCAGGCUCAGGUUGAAGAGACGUUGCAGGUCUUCAGGCCAUCAGGUCCUUCGGUGGAGUCUCUCCAGCAGUCGUGUCUCACCUGGCCAGUCGUCACCAUGGAGACGGGGGGUGGAAGAGCCCUUUGCUGUAGAGAGUUUACCAGUAGUGGAUUUAUAUAUAUAUAAUAUAUAUAUAUAUAUAUAACCCACGAGAGAGAGAUUAGGGGCAAGGGGCCACAUUGAACAUCUGUACACAGUCUGAUAAUUUGCUACCUUUAAUCCAGACAGAUGUGAUAUCUGCGCUCUGAUUGGUGGGAUUAAACCAGCAGGAUUAAUAUCUCAGCCCCAGCAGAGAGGCAGAAAGACAAAGGUGGACAGACGGCAGGAAUCACACACCUUUAACCAGCAUUAGCAUUAGCUCUUCUGCCUCUCCUCGGGGUCGGCCAUGUUUGCGGGUCGGGUUCCGGCCACAGGAGCCGGCGGCUCGGCGUCCGCGGGAGGAAAAGGAGGGAAGUUCUCCGUGGAGGAGCUUUACGGGUUCAACAAGAAGCCAAAGGGGAGCAGAGGGAAUUCUGGGAAAGCGGAGAAGAGCGACGGGAAGAAGGAGCGCAAAGAGAAGGAGGAGUCCGUGCUGGCCUCCCAGAUCCUGGAGGCCGCCCGGAGGCUGAUGGAGAGAAGACGACUGGAGGUCUACCUGAAGGAGUGUGAUGUCACCAUGAAGCAGACCAGCAUGCCGUACAGGAAUCUUGGGAAAUCUGGCCUGAGAGUGUCCUGUUUAGGACUGGGAACGUGGGUGACCUUUGGCUCUCAGAUCUCUGAUGAGAUGGCAGAGCGAGUGAUGACUGACGCGUACGACAGCGGAGUCAACUUGUUUGACACAGCAGAGGUUUACGCCUCAGGGAGGGCCGAGUCGACUCUGGGGAACAUCCUGAAGAAGAAGGGAUGGAGGAGGUCCAGUUACGUGGUGACCACUAAGAUCUACUGGGGAGGACAGGCGGAGACAGAGCGAGGGUUGUCACGGAAACACGUCAUCGAAGGUCUGCGGGGGUCUCUCUCCAGGUUACAGUUGGACUACGUGGACAUUGUUUUUGCCAACAGGAGUGACAUCAACGCCCCAAUGGAGGAGGUUGUGCGUGCGAUGACCUUUGUGAUCGAUCGGGGUCUGGCUAUGUACUGGGGAACGUCACGCUGGAACGCUGUGGAGAUCAUGGUAGGGCAGAAAGCGUACUCAGUAGCCCGACAGUUUAACCUGGUUCCCCCGGUGUGUGAGCAGGCCGAGUAUCACUAUUCCAGAGAGACAGGGUGUAGGUUCUCCUGCCGGAGCUUUUACCACAAGAUAGGGGUCGGAGCCAUGACUUGGUCCCCGUUAGCUUGCGGCCUGCUGACAGGGAAGUACAACGGGGGGGUCCCAGAGAGCUCGAGGGCCGCCAUGAAGGGCUACGCGUGGCUUAAGGAGCGUUUCCAUAGCGAUGAGGGGAAGAAGCAGCUCAGUAAGAUCCAAGAGCUCCACCUGCUGGCCGACAGGUUGAACUGCACCGCUGCUCAGCUCGCUAUAGCGUGGUGUCUCCGUAGUGAAGGCGUGAGCUCGGUUCUCCUCGGAGUCUCCAACACGGAACAGCUGCUGGAGAACAUCGGUUCUAUCAGGGUUCUGUCACUGCUGACUCCGCCCCUCAUCGCAGAGAUGGACACGUUGCUCGGCAAUAACCCGCGAAACCGCAAAAAGGAGGCAAGCUGAGGAGAGGAGGAGAGGAGGAGGAGGAGGAGGAGGCAACCUGAGGAGAGGAGGAGGAGGAGGAGGAGGA